CAUCGUGAUUACUAUAUUUUGGUCGCAACACAGAGCGCUAUUGUUGUUCCUCGGGCCGGUCGCUGCCUUCCCUAGCCGACUGCGUUCCUCGUCGGUCAGCGAGUUUCUGCGGCAGGAUCUGGGCUCGGGGACAGGAUGUGGACCAGGCUGUCCCUCCUGGGGACGCUGCUCGCGGCUGUUGUUGCGCUGCAGGCCCGGGAGGCGAGGUUCGACAGGUUCCAGGUGUUCCGAUCGCUGCCCGCCAGCCAGCAGCAGUUGGACGCGCUCAGGAACUUGGAGCUGGCCAAGACGGAGCUCAGCUUCUGGCGCAGCGCGAGCCGUUUGGGCGCCCCAGUGGACGUCAUGGUCCCGCCCAGGCACGUCAAGUCCUUCAAGAGGUACCUCAAGCGGCUCGACAUAGCCCCCACCCUGCUCAUCAAGAACGUUCAACGGUUAAUUGAUCAGCAAAAGGCAAGAUAUAUCCAUAAGUCAUCAACAUUUGGCUGGAAUCAGUAUCAUCGACUUGAUGAUAUUUAUUUGUGGCUGGACACAUUAUCGGAGAAAUACCCGGAUGUCGUGACAGUCAUCAGCGCAGGUCGUAGCUACGAGGGGAGAGACAUCAAGGGUGUCAAAGUCUCCUACAGGACCAACAAUUCUGCUAUUUUCUUAGAGGCAGGAAUCCACGCCCGGGAGUGGAUCGCCCCCGCCACGGCCACGUACGUCCUGGACCAGCUGCUGACCAGCGAGGACCCCGGGGUGCGCGACAUGGCCGAGGGCUUCGACUGGUACAUCUUCCCCAGCGUCAACCCCGACGGCUACGAGUACACGCACACCACGAAUCGGUUUUGGCGCAAGACGAGGAGUAAUGGGACAGUGGAGGGAUGCCACGGUGCAGAUGCAAAUAGGAAUUUUGGGUUUCAUUGGAUGGAGGAAGGCGCCAGCGACUAUCCGUGCGACGACAUAUACGCGGGAGCCGGUCCGUUCUCGGAGCCGGAAGUCAGGCACCUGGCCGACUACAUCACGUCCGUCAGCUCCAGAAUAAAGAUUUACCUUUCCUUCCACGCCUUCAGCCAGCUGUUGCUCAUCCCCUACGGCUACUCCGGUGUGCGGGUCGCCAACUUCCCUCAGCUGAUGGACAUAGGCACAAAAACAAUUGAGACACUAGCCAAAAGAUACGGCACCGAGUAUGAAGUUGGAAAUAUAGUUGACAUAUUGUACGAGGCCAGCGGCAGCAGCCUGGACUGGGCCAAGGGCACGCUCGACAUCCCGGUGACCUACGUGUACGAGCUGCGCGACACGGGCAGGUACGGCUUCCUGCUGCCCGCGGACCAGAUCCUGCCCACCGGCGAGGAGACACUCGACUCGCUGGUCACCCUCGUCCGGGAGGCCAGGAAGGUCCUCUGAACGUCCCAUGUGACUUCAGUUGAAAACUAAGGAAACAACAGAUGCAGAGAAGUUAAUUUACAUAAUUAAUAAAACCUUCAAUUCUUCAUUUGA